GCCCAACAACUCUGUCCACUGACCUCAAAAGACGGGUAGAACCGUAGAGGGAGAGAGAGUGUGAGUGAGAGAUUCCAUAGCUGAUCAGCUUCAGCCCCAAAUGGCCGAGAUCGACCGCCGGAGCGGCUUCCACAGCCCCGACGCCACCUUCUACAGCAAGCGCCGCCCCAUCCCCUUGCCCCCCAACCCUUCCCUCGACGUCGCUACCUUCAUCUCCUCCCGCGCCCACCACGGAAGCGCUGCCCCCGCCUUCAUCGAUGCCGCCACCGGCCGCCAGCUCACCUUCCCCGAACUCUUCCGCUCCGUCGAAUCCCUCUCCGCCGCGCUCUCUUCCAUGGGCAUCCGGAAGGGCGACGUCGUCCUCCUCCUCUCCCCCAACUCCAUCUUCUUCCCCAUCAUCUGCCUCUCCGUCUUGUCCCUCGGGGCAAUCAUCACAACCACCAACCCCCUCAACACCACCAGGGAGAUAGCGAAGCAGGCCGCCGACUCACGGCCUGUUCUGGCCUUCACGACCCAGCAGCUUGCCCCGAAGCUGGCCGAGCUGGGCCUCCCCGUGGUGCUUAUAGACAGCGAAGAGCUCGCGCCCGGCUCAGCUGCCGGGCAGAUGAGGAUCGCGGGGACCCUCGAGAAGAUGAUGAGGACGGCGACGGGCGCGAAGCGGGUCCGGGACCGAAUCGAUCAGAACGACAUGGCCACCCUCCUCUACUCGUCCGGCACUACCGGCGCCAGCAAAGGCGUGGUGUCGUCCCACCGGAACCUGAUAGCUAUGGUCCAGACGGUGAUAAGCCGGUUCAAUCUGGACCAUACUGAUUCGCACCGGUUCAUCUGCACCGUCCCGAUGUUCCACAUCUACGGCCUCGCGGCCUUCGCCACCGGCAUCCUCGCCGCCGGCUCCACCGUCAUCGUCCUCUCCAAGUUCGACCUCCACGAGAUGCUCUCCUCCAUCGAGAAGUACAGGGCCACGUACCUCCCCCUCGUGCCGCCCAUCCUCAUCGCGCUGGUGAACGGCGCCAGUCAGAUCCGGUCGAAGUACGACCUGAGCUCCCUCCAGUCGGUCCUCUCCGGCGGAGCUCCGCUGAGCAAGGAGGUGACCGAGGGGUUCCUGGAGAAGUACCCGCGGGUGACGAUCCUGCAAGGGUACGGCCUGACGGAGUCGACAGGGAUGGGGGCGUCAACCGACACGCUGGAGGAGAGCCGCCGGUACGGCACGGCGGGGAUGCUAUCGCCGUCCAUGGAGGCGAAGGUGGUGGACCCGGAGACCGGGGCGGCCCUCGGCGUGAACCAGACGGGAGAGCUCUGGCUGAAGGGGCCCACCAUUAUGAAAGGUUAUUUUGGCAAUGUGGAAGCGACUGCAUCAACCCUCAACUCUGAAGGGUGGCUCCGAACGGGAGAUCUUUGCUACAUUGACGAGGAUGGCUUUAUAUUCGUGGUCGACCGGCUGAAGGAGUUGAUCAAAUACAAGGGAUACCAGGUUCCCCCUGCGGAGCUAGAGUCGCUGUUGCUUACUCAUCCCGACAUUGCAGAUGCUGCUGUUAUCCCGUUUCCCGAUAAGGAGGUUGGGCAGUACCCCAUGGCUUAUGUUGUGAGGAAAGGCGGGUCAGGGCUCACAGAUAGAGCAGUCAUGGACUUUGUCACAAAACAGGUUGCACCGUACAAGAGGAUUCGGAGAGUGGCAUUUGUCGAUUCAAUACCGAAGAAUCCAUCGGGGAAGAUUCUUAGGAAGGAUCUCAUACAGUUGGCAACGUCCAAGCUCUAGAUUACUAUAGAAGGCCAAAUGAGAGAGGGCGGUUUCAUUAUUUUGCUCUAAUUUCGGAAGAUGGCAGAUCCUUGCUUGUCGCUGCGAUUGGAGUAACUUGUACUUGUUUUUCUGCAGUCUGCUUAUUGUGUAUGUUUGUACGUGCUUAUUGUGUAGUUAUGAAAACAUAGCUCAUAACUCUGUCCCUUCCGAGUUGUCCCGAUAACACUGUUCAUCUCAGGGAUACGUGCUUAUUGUGUAGUUAUGAAAACAUAACUCAUAACUCUGUCC